UGGAAAUCAACUCCCCCCGAAGGUGACGAAUAAAGAUAGCCACUUAAGCAUGAUCACUCUGAUUUCCAACGCUAAUAUGUAUGAAUCUCCAGUGUCCAUUGGCACUGAUUGCUCUCUGAUUUCCAGUUCCACGCUUCCCAAAAUCUCAUCUCCCACUGCACCAUCACUCUCUAAAUACCGGUCUCAUUAUUCUUCUUCCUAUAGUACCUAUACACCAAGUUAUGCGCCAACGUGGAAUAUAUCAUAUCCAUCGCGGUCAAGCUCUGCUGAUGAUUCGGUUCGGUUACGACCCUCCAUGGGCUCCAAGGUCAUUAACAGUAACCAGUCGGGCCAGCAAAAUCCACCUCUCCGGGCUAAUAAUUUCCUUUCCUCUCACGUAAAUGAGAGAACAACACCGGCAUCAACAUCAAGAAUGAGCAAAUCAGAUUCACACUUUUCGUUUGCCACAAGUAGUCCCCGAGCUUCAUCAGUUGCAGCUCUUCCAAGUACAUUUUUGGUAGCACCUAGGUUUGGCCCAUUAUUGGAUAAUAAAUUCUCAAGUUCAAAUAUUGCAUCAGCUUCCAUUAGUAACCAAAGUGGAAAAUCAUCAUCACAACAACGGCUCUACAAAUAUGAUGUGUUUCUAAGCUUCAGAGGCAAAAGUACUCGCAACAACUUUGCUAAUCAUCUAUGCAAUUGUCUCAUCAGGCUUGGUAUUUCCACCUUCAGUUAUGAUAAGAGGGGCGAGAAAGAAGGAGAUUGCAUUAUUCUUCCAUCACAGGUCUUGCAAGCAAUUCAAGAUUCACAGAUAUCUAUAGUUAUCUUGACAAAAGAUUAUGCUGACUCAAUCUGGUGUUUGGAGGAAAUGUCAGCUAUAGUUGAUAAUAAUAGCCACCUUCGAGGAUUAAACAAAGGUAUCAUCCCAAUUUUCUAUGAUUUGGAGCAUUUUAGUGUUAGAAUGGACAAGCGACUGCACAGGGAUGCUAGGGUUCAUCGAUGGAAGAAUGCAUUGAUGUCUUUGGCCAAUUUGCAAGGUCAAUCUGUAAGAAAUAAGCCAAAAUUUCAAGAGAUUGAAAAUAUCAUUAAGAUGGUGAUGAAUAGAUUAGGUCAUAAAUUCUCAAAGUCUAGUGAUGGCCUAGUUGGGAUACAACCUCGUAUAGAAUGUUUAGAAAAUCUACUAAAAUUGCAUUCAUCAGAUGAUGAAGAUGAUUUUCGAGUUCUUGGAAUUUGUGGCAUGGAUGGAAUCGGAAAGACAACUUAUGCUUCAGUCUUGUAUGACACAAUCUUUGAUCACUUUGAUGUUUGUUGUUUCAUUGAGAACGUAAGCCAAAUUUACAGAGAUGGCGACGCCAUAGGUUUACAGCAAAAAAUUCUUCACCAAAUUUCAAAUGAAGCAAAUUUAGAGAUACAUAGUCUUUUCGAACUAUCUGGUUUCAUAAGGAAAAGACUAUCUCCAAAUCAUAAGGUCCUUAUAGUGCUUGACAAUGUUGACAAACUGGAGCAGUUAUUACAAAAAUUGGGUAUAAGUCCUAAAUUGCUUGGAAUAGGAAGUAGAAUCAUCAUAACCACCAGAGAUGAACAUAUUCUAAAAGUUUAUGGAGCAGAUGAAAUUCACAAGGUUUCACUACUGGAUUACAAUGAUGCUUAUGAACUUUUCUUAAGACAAGCCUUCAAAGACAAAUCAAGGAACAGUGGUUGUAUGGAGCUAGUUCCUGAGAUACUAGAAUAUGCUCAAGGUCUUCCAUUAGCCAUCAAAUCUCUAGGAUCUUUCUUCAGGACACGAGAUGCUACUAUUUUUGAAUGGGAACAUGCCUUUGAGAGCUUGAGAAAAAAAUCCAAACAAAGCAAUUUUGGACAUUUUUCAAAUAAGUUUUGAAGAACUACGUCCAAAUGAGAAAGAAAUAUUUUUGCAUAUUGCUUGUUUCUUCCAUGGGGAGAGGGAGGAGCAUGUAAAGCAGAUUCUAGAUAGUUGUGAAUUAUUCUCUAGCAUUGGAAUUCCUGCCAUCUUGAAGAAAUCACUCAUUACCAUUCAAAACAAGGAAAUUCAUAUGCAUAAAAUGUUACAAGAAUUUGGGAGGAAAAUGGUUAGAAACAAUUAUCCAGAAAACCCAGAAUCUUGGAAUAGAUUGUGGCUUUACAAGGAUUUUGAAAAUGCCUUAACUUCAGAAACGGGAACAAACAAUAAUGUUAAAGCCAUAGUUUUGAGUAAUAAAGAUGGCAUCUCUAAUCAGUUGAGAAUUAACAGACUGUCAAACAUGAAGGAACUGAAAUUACUCAUAUUAUAUCAUGAAAAUAUUUCUGGAGAACUCAAUUUUCUUUCCAACGACUUGCGGUAUCUUUUAUGGCAUGGUUAUCCUUUCUCUUCUUUGCCUUUAUUUGAACCUUAUAGUCGUCUUGUUGAAUUGAAUUUGCCAAAUAGCAGAGUCAAACAACUAUGGGAAGGCCACAAGAAUUUCCCAUAUUUGGAAAGGAUGAAUCUGAGCAACUCAACAGAUCUUGAGGAGACGCCAAAUUUUGAAGGGAGCCUUAAUCUCAAAAGUCUAGAUCUUACAGGAUGCGAAAAACUAAGCCUAGUGGACCCAUCAAUUGCACUUCUUACAAAACUUGUUUUCUUGAGUUUGAGUGGUUGUAUCAAUCUGACCAGGCUCGAUUUUGGCAACGGUGAUUGUAAGUUGAGUUCUUUGAGAGUUCUACGCCUCUCUGGCUGCACAAAACUUGCAAGUACACCAGAUUUUACUGGGCUUUCAAGUCUCAAGUACCUUGAUCUUGAAGAAAGUAUACAUUUGUCAAGCGUUCAUGAAUCUAUUAGUGCUCUUACAUCACUCGAGUUCUUGAGUUUGAGAGGUUGCAAGUCUAUUGUUGAGAUACCUAGCAGCAUCAAUGAUAUGACAUCUCUUCAAACCCUAGAUUUAAACAGUUGUGUAAAUCUGAAGAACGUUCCCCUGGGGCAAAAAGUUAUUUCCUCCUCCAUUCUAGAACGUAUGAUGUUUCUGGGCCUUCGAAAUAUACAUAGGGUGGUAAGAGGAAUUCCUGGUGCUAUUGGAGAGUUAAAGUGCCUGGAAGGACUAAAUCUACAUAGAAGCUAUUUUAGUUAUGUACAUAAUAUACGUAGAACUGAAAGGCUUCCUCAGUUAGAAUAUUUAAACUUGAUGCGUGACUCUGAAUCUAAAAGAUCACGUGAACAAUGGGGUCCUAUUUCAAAACAGUAUUCGCAUCUUGUAAUUAUAAGUUA